UGGCGGAGUUGCCGUGUAGGCGGGGCGACGGACGGAGCCGCGGCUCCGGGUCGCCCUUGCUGCUAUCUUCCUGGGAGAUACUUCUUGUGGAAUUGAGAGUAGGCGGCACCUUCAAGGGUCUCCCGUGACCCGGACCGCGGUGGCGGCCCCGCUGACGGGAUGUUCCGGAGUUUGAGCAGCUGGUUUGGCUUGGAGCAGCCGGCGGCGGGUGGCCGGCAGUCCCAGGGAGACGGACAGCCCAGGGGACACGCUCCACCCGAUCAGUGCUCCGAGGCGGUGGCGGAGUCAGCGGAGGGGGAGCCACAGCUAGCCAGGAACCAGGAGCUCCUUCAUCAGGCUAAGGGCCUCGGCAACUAUCUGUUUAACUUUGCAACCACUGCUACAAAAAAAAUAACUGAAUCAGUUGCUGAAACAGCACAAACAAUAAAGAAAUCAGUAGAAGAAGGAAAGAUAGAUGACAUCAUUGAUAAGACAAUUAUAGGAGAUUUUCAUAAGGAACAGAAAAAAUUUGUUGAGGAGCAGAAUACAAAAAAGUCAGAAGUAGCAGUGCCACCAUGGGUUGAUAGUAAUGAUGAAGAAACAAUUCAACAACAAAUCUUGGCCCUGUCAGCUGACAAGAGGAACUUCCUUCGUGACCCUCCAGCCGGGGUGCAGUUUAACUUUGACUUUGAUCAGAUGUACCCCGUCGCACUGGUCAUGCUCCAAGAGGACGAGCUCCUGAGCAGGAUGAGAUUUGACCUCGUUCCUAAACUUGUGAAGGAAGACGUGUUUUGGAGGAACUACUUCUACCGUGUCUCCCUAAUUAAGCAGUCGGCCCAGCUCACAGCCCUGGCAGCCCAGCAGCAGGCUGCUGAGAAGGAGGAGAAGAACCACGGCAGACAGAAUGAGUUGCCGCUGACAGAGGCAGUACGGCCCAAAACACCACCUGUUGUAAUCAAAUCUCAGCUUAAAACUCAAGAGGACGAAGAGGAGAUUUCUACCAGCCCAUGUGUUUCUGAGUUUGUCAGUGAUGCCUUCGAUUCCUGUAACUUAGAUCAGGAGGAUCUGAGGAAGGAAAUGGAGCAACUGGUGCUGGACAAAAAAGAGGAGGGGACAGUCACACUGGAAGAGGAUUCUGUAGAUUGGGAGAAAGAACUACAGCAGGAACUUCAGGAAUAUGAAGUGGUGGCAGAAUCAGAAAAACGAGAUGAAAACUGGGAUAAGGAAAUAGAGGAAAUGCUGAAGGAGGAAAAUUAACUGUCUGUCUCCUGAAAUAAAAUAAACCUUAACAUGCUAUAACUGACAUUAAAUUCUAGAUGUUGAGACUCACUGAAUCAGAAGGCGCAAAGGAAUAUAACUUUAUUAAAUUCAAAAUUCUUCUCUUUUCAAGCUGAAACUUGCCUCUUCUACUUAAAAAAACAGG